AGGCCCUGGAGAGCUUGGGGAAAGCCACGGUGGAGAGUUGUGGCGUUUUGGAUAUAUUUGGCACGAAGUGCUCACACCUCUGCUCGAGGGAUUCGUAUGGCUUGAAGGGCGGAGCCGGAGCCUGGCACUCUGACCUCCAUGGAUCCCCUAAACCUCUCCUGGUACGAGGGUGACAUCGGUGACAGGAACUGGAGCAGGGCCCUGAACACCUCCCAGGCUGAGCAGAAGCCCCAGUACAACUACUAUGCCAUGCUGCUCACCCUGCUCAUCUUCGUCAUCGUCUUCGGCAACGUGCUGGUGUGCAUGGCCGUGUCCCGGGAGCGAUCCCUGCAGACCACCACCAACUACCUGAUCGUCAGCCUGGCCGUGGCAGACCUGCUGCUGGCCACCCUGGUCAUGCCCUGGGUGGUCUAUCUGGAGGUGGUUGGUGAGUGGAGGUUCAGUCGGAUCCACUGUGAUAUCUUUGUGACCCUGGAUGUCAUGAUGUGCACUGCCAGCAUCCUCAACCUCUGUGCCAUCAGCAUAGACAGGUACACAGCAGUGGCCAUGCCCAUGCUCUACAACACCCGCUACAGCUCCAAGCGCAGGGUCACCCUCAUGAUCGCCGUGGUCUGGGUGCUCUCCUUUGCCAUCUCCUGCCCGCUCCUCUUUGGCCUCAACAACACAGAUGCCAACGAGUGCAUCAUUGCCAACCCUGCCUUCGUGGUGUACUCCUCCAUCGUGUCCUUCUACGUGCCCUUCAUCGUCACCCUGCUGGUCUAUGUCCAGAUCUACCUCGUGCUGCGGCGCCGCAGGAAGCGCGUCACCACCAAGCGCAGCAGCCACGUCCUGGACUCGGACACACAGGCCCCCCUGAAGGACAAAUGCACUCAUCCAGAAGACGUCAAGCUCUGCACAGUUAUUGUGAAGUCCAAUGGGAGCUUCCAAGUUAAUAAGCGCAAAGUGGAGGCAGAGAGCCACAUGGAGGAGAUGGAAAUGGAGAUGGUGUCCAGCACCAGCCCCCCUGAGAAAACCACCUUCAAACCCACAGCACCCAGUAACCGCCAGCUGGUCGUGCCAGUUGCCCCCAACAGGGGCAACAACUCCACCCUGCAGACAUCCCUGAACAGCCCUGGGAGAGUGGAGAAGAAUGGCCAUGCCAAAGAAACCCACCACACAGCCAAGGUCUUCGAGAUCCACUCCCUGCCCAACGGCAAGACGAGGAACUUCCUCAAGGCUGUGACCAGGAGGAAACUGUCCCAGCAGAAGGAGAAAAAGGCCACCCAGAUGCUGGCCAUCGUCCUUGGUGUUUUCAUCAUCUGCUGGCUCCCCUUCUUCAUCACCCACAUCCUGAACAUGCACUGCGAUUGCAGCAUCCCCCCGGCCAUGUACAGCGCCUUCACAUGGCUGGGCUACGUCAACAGCGCUGUCAACCCCAUUAUCUACACCACCUUCAACGUCGAGUUCCGCAAGGCUUUCAUGAAGAUCCUCCACUGCUAA